AUGGACACACGAAGAGUGAUUAGCGUGGCGGAGAAGGUGCGCUCGCCGCUUUCCGGCGAGGACCGUUCCUGGAUGCUGCCUCCCGAGAUUCUCGUGACCAUCGUCGCGUCGGUGAGCCAUAUGAGGACCGGUUACUUCGAAGAGGACUGGCCGCAGGCUGUCAACCGGCGAGUACUAGAGAGGGCCUCCGAGAACUGUGCAAGCCAAGUGCUGGGUGCUCGCAUCAUCCAUGGCGUGAUCGGCAACAGCUUUCACCUGAUACAACACCCCCGAUAUGACAUGUGCGACGCCGACUACGCCAACGUGCACCGCAAGACAAUAGAAGAUGUACGCGACAAUAUGAUGCGUGCUCGGGUUGAGACAGAUAUGACAGAGGGCCAGAAAGAGAACGUCUGGCGGCUGGGCUCGCGCACACUCCGCAUGGAGAAUGACCAUAUCCUGCAGCGGCACAUUCACCAGCUGUCCCGGCUGCUCCCCGAGAAGCGUCUUAACCUCGUACUGCUGUCAGAGGAAGGCGGGAAGGUCGGCUGGAUGCCUAUGCUCGGUAUCAAGUACAAUACGGGCAUCACAGGACAGAAUAAAUCCGAAUGGUGGCUCGAGGCGUGGCAACACGGCCUUUAG